AUGAUGAUGGAUUACACGUUGUCCACGUCGGUCGAAGAUUUGGGCCAGCUUGCGGCGCUCGGCGGCAGUCCGAUGGUGGGAUGUUCAACCAACAACGACAGCGGCUUCGCCACUCGGCACACUGUCAUCAUAGAAGUGGUGGAAGGACUCGAAUUCGAGGGCGGAGGCGACCGCCGGUACUACGUCAAGCUCAGCCUCGAGAACGCACAGUGGCACACGCAGCCUUCGCUCAAGUCGCGCAACCCGGCCUGGCGCGAGUACUUCAUCGGGGAGUUUGUGGGCACGAAGCUGGAGUCGCCGUCGAUCGUGAUCCGGGUCAAGUACCGCGGCCGCGCGCGGAAGCACCACUUUGGGAUGUGCAAGAUUCCGCUGCUCUCCGUGUCGGGCACCGAGUCGCAGGACCGGUGGUACGACCUCAACCCAGCGACCGCCACCAGCAGCACCAGCAAGCAGCAGCAGCGCCAACCCAAGCUGCGGCUGCGGAUCACGUGCCGCAAGUGCUACGAUAAGAAGAGCGAGGUGGAGGUCGAGGUGCAGCUGAUCAACAGCAUCAUCGGCCAGGAGCGCGACGUGGUGGCGCGCAACACGGCCAAGAUCGCCGAGCUCACCGCCGCGGCCGGGUCCAGCAGGGCCUCCAAGAGCAAGCAGAAGGUGCAGAAGCUGCUGCGCGAGAUCACCCACGCCAACAAGAAGAUACGCGCGCUCCAAGCCAAGAAGCAGGUCCUCCUCGACAAGGCCCGGCAGCGCAAGAUCCUCCUCUCCCAGUCCGAAGCCAACUUCUGCGGCCAGCGGCGAGAGGAGCUGCACGAGCGGCUGCUCACGAUUCGCACGAAGCUGCGCCGGGAACACGAAGCGUUCGAGUUCCACAAGCGCUACUCGGGCGAGGUCGAGGGCGCCGACAAGGAGGACUGGACCCAGAACACCGACGAGCUCAAGCGGCGCCUGGCCUACCUCAAGAACCGCGAGCGGGCCUACAUGGCCCUCCUCCAGGAGGCUGCCCGUAGAGAGAAGCUCGACGGCGGCAGCGACGAUCACAACGGCAGCGGCGGCGGCGGUGAUGAAGAAGAGCUGUUCGAGGUGCUCGACAAUGCGACGGGGCCGAUGGACAAGAUGAAGGUGGUGCGACUUCGGUCGAGCAAGAACAACGCGGAGCCGGCGCCGCUGGCGGCGGCGAUGAAGGCGGCCGGCGAGAAGCGGCGCCCGAGCGUGGUGGGCGCCACGGCGAGCGAGGACCUGGCGCGGGCCAGCUCCCCGUUCCCCGGCGUGCCGUUCCAUGGUGAGGGCGACACCAGCUUCUCGGCGCUGAAGGGCGCCAAGAAGGAGCGCCUCACCGAGCUGCUCAUGGCCCGCCACGACGACGACGAGUACAACUACCUCGAGGACUACAACUUCCUCAUUUGA